CAGACUCCCCCGCUGCCAAUCCCGGGACCGCGGGACCGCGAGGCCCAGUAGAGGCAGCUCCGCCCGCGCGGCUGCAGUUGAAGCGACACAGCCGCCCGCCGCCUCGCAGAGCCAUCCCUUCCCGCGGCCGGAAGCGUGCGCCGGAGCCGUACCAUCGAGCCAGGCGGGCCGCUCUAGGCGGUUCCGGUGGGCCGGCAUGGAGGAGCGGCGGUACCGCUCGGCGUCCGGGGGGCCCAUCGCGCUGAGGGCCCGCCAGCACAGCGCCUCCUGCCGGGAGCUGGCGGUGCGCUGCCCCCGCCUGCAGCUCCGCUCGCUCAGCGCCGUCACCUCCGCCGUCUGGCUGGCGGCCUACGGGCUCUUCGUGCUCAGCCAGAAUAGUAUGGUGCUUUCUGCUGCUAUUUUCAUGACACUGAUUGGCCUGAUCAUAUACCUGCACUUUGUGAAAAUUGACCAGGAAUCCCUGUUGGUCAUCGGCUCACUCGGCAUUCAGGUGACUUCAUCCUAUGCAUCAGGGAAAGAGAGCACAACCUUCAUUGAGAUGAGUCGUGUGAAGGAUGUGGUUAUAAAUGAAGCUAUCCAUAUGCAAAAAGUUAUCUACUACUUGUGCAUCCUCCUUCAGGACCCUGGAGAUCCUCAGGGAGUGUCUGAGGUUGUGCCACUCUUUCAGAGCUCCAAGCCACGUCUGGACUGCUUGAUAGAAGUGUACAAAAGUUGUCAAGAAAUCCUGGAGCAGAGGAAGCCAGCUCCACCAUCAAAUGGAAUAAAAUAGUAAAAACAAUUUAAAACAUCAAGGCAGUGAACCUGGAGCAGGACUCGGAGAAACACAUGGAAAAGUGACCACAAAACUGCCCUGUGGCUUUUUAUAUUUACAUGAGUGGUGCAUAAGUACAGUGAUGUUAAGGCUAAAGGCCUGCAGACUCACAGAGUUGUUACAGAAAAUGGCAGCUCAGCACAGAAGCGAACCUUGAAAUCCUCUGCUCUGAAGACAGGUAAUCAGAACUUUUUAGACUCAGACAGAAGUUUUUUUUUUCCUCGCCUCUCCAGGAAAGAGUUAUGGGGAAAUAAGGCAAAGGGAGGCAAGAAUAUGAGUCAGAUGUUUAGUUUUUUGUGAAUCUGAAAAUUAUGCUUAAAUAAUAAUUUAACCCUCGCCAUACUACCAAAAAUAGGCUUUUUUGUUUGUUUCUGUUUAACCCUUUGUUUGAAAAAAGCAUGUACCACUCUAAAUACCAAAGUUGAUGUUUGGGCUGGGAUAGUAACUUCCUUAUACACAGCAGAAAUUCAGAAAAAAAAAUAACAGAAAAUUAAAAUAUGCUGUUGCACUAUAUUAUGUUUAAUGAAAUAAACAUAGGAGGGCAGACUUUGCUCUCUUUAGGGAUUUGCUUGAAAGAGUCCCAUGGGAAGGGGCUCUGGAGGUAAGAGGGGUCAAACAAAGCUGAUCAUAGUCAAGGAUCACCACCUCUAAGCUCAAGGACAGUCCGUCCUCAUGAGCAGGAAGUCAAGCAGAAAUUCCAGUAAGCCUGCAAGGAUGAAUAAGUUGCUCCUGGUGAAACUCAGGACACAAAAAGGCAGCAUACAGAAGCUUGGAAGCUUCUUCCCUGGUGAAAGCAGGGACAGAUAACCUUGGAGGAAUACAGCAACACCUCCCAUGAUGCAGUUAGGAAAGCCAAAGCCCACCUGGAUUUGAAUCUGUUGAUGGAUGUCAAAGGCAAUAAGAUGAACUUCUCUAAGUACAUAAGUAGACACAUUGCUGACUGAGGCAGGGGCAUGGUGACACAGGACAUGAAACAGAAGUGGCAUUAAAAGCACCGCAUCAAUUGCUCUGAGAAUAUGAGGAAAAUGCAUUGGUGAAAAUAAUGGUAAUGACUGUAUGAAUGAAGUUUCAUUGGUCUGUGCUCUCAGGGGUAAGGUUGGGAAAUUCUUUGUUGAUGAGCUGAAAGUUACUGUAAUCUUUAGCUGGUAUUUUCCUCUCUUUUUUUUUUCCAUGACUCCUUACUAAUGUAGCUGAGAAUUGAAAUUUCAAAACAAGAGCUAAACCAGUGUGUUGGCAGGAGUCUGGUGUCAUGCUUAAUUUGCAGACAAUGCUGUACUAUGCUUGUCUACAUCCUCUGUAAUUAAAACGUGCCACAUUCUGUCA